AUGCCUUCUUAUGGCCAGGGUCCCUCAAUUUCGGCUCUCGCACAGCAGCAGCAAAUGCAUCAUCACCAACAUUUUGUUCCCCCACAACCAAGAUCUACCACCCUAUUUAUUGGGUCAAUAUCAGGCGGAAUCUCAGAUGGUUUCCUGAAUCAACUGCUUGGGGCGUGCGGUCCAAUUUCAUCAUUCAAACGUCUCAUUACCCCGGCGAAUAAGCCCCAGGGGUUUGGAUUUGCAGAGUUUCAGGAUCCUGACGGUGCGUUGCGAGCCAUGUCACUCCUCAAUGGCGUAGAGCUACCAGCAUUGGAGGAUGGAUGUGUAAACAAAAAGCUCCUAGUGAAGGCAGAUGAGAAGACUAAGAUGUUCCUGGAUGCUUAUCAGGCGCAGAAAAUGACGACAAACGCCGACGAAGAGCUGAUACGGCAGGCUAAAGCGAGAGUUGACCAACUUCUUGUAGAUAUCAACAAACAGUCCCAAGAUGCAGCGACUAGUGGUCUCAUUGAUAAGGAGAAAUACGUUAUUCCUCCACAUUUGCACGACUUACAAGAGGCCGAUUUGCCUGAGACCCAGCGAGGUCUUGUCAUGACAGAGAUUGCCCAGUUUCGUGAACGCGCUGCAAAAAGAGAGCGAGAGAAAAUGCGUGACGUCCGUGAGGCGGUCCCUAAUCUGGCCGCCCCGAGCGGACCAAAGCAAAGAGAAUGGGGCAAGCCGCAACUUGCAGGCCAGGGUCAAGACUCGCCACUGGAGACUUCAAAGCCCCAGCAAGGCUUUGGAAAGGGCGCGCAGGGAUAUAGUAAGCCAGUAGGGUUUGUGAAAGCAGAGGAGGAUGGGAGGUCGCCAACCCCGGAUAGCAGAGUAGUUGCCGGACGAGCGAUAAAAACAGACGAGGAGCUAGAGGCAGAUCGAAAAGAGACCCGACGACGAGACGAAGAGACCUCUUACCGAGAUCGUGAGCGCCGGUACGAGCCGCGUGAGCGGGCCAGGAUACAGGCGAUGGAGCGCGCUAUCUUGCGAGAACGGGCGACAAAAGAGGCUGAGGACCGGGAUCGGGUUGAGAUGCGAUCGCGCCUGGCGAUCUGGGACGAUGAUGAAAGCGAUGAACUCUUCUACACAGAUAGAUCUCGGUGGCGUUCCCUACGUGCGCGACGACUUGCGGCUGAACAGGCAGCAGAUGAUGAGUCGCGGGGUUACGAGGAACGAGAAGUGGAGAAUCUGCGACGCGAAUCAGAGGCUUUCCUUGCUCGACAAAUGGACGAGAUGCAGGCGCUGCAGGAAGAGCAGCGCAAGGCGGGCAUGCUUCUGGAUGAUGGUGCGCCCGUUAAGCUCAACGUGUCCCUUGCUGCGACUGCAGCUCCCAAAUCCGAGACGACUGCGAAGGAGAAAGCAGUGUUCGGGCAGGAGGAAGAGGAGGAGGAUGGCAUUCGUAAAAGAAAGGCGCCCCUGCCGAAGCUGGAUUUGGCGGAAGGCGGCGAGAAAGCGCGCGAGCGGCUUGAGAUGAUCAAGACAAGUGUUCCACGCGAUAAAGAGACCUUAUUCAAAGCCAAGGUCCGAUGGGAUGGCUUGUCGGAUAUUAUGAUCGAUAGGAAGCUGGAGCCUCUCGUCAAGCGCCAAAUGACCAAAUAUCUUGGCGAGUUAGAAGAUGACGACCUUGUGAUGUUCGUGCUUGAGCAUCUCAAAGAUCACAAGGGCCCACAGAAGCUGAUCGAGGGCCUGGAGCCGGUACUGGAAGAGGAGGCGAUGGAGUUCGCGAUUAGCAUUUGGAGACAAAUUAUCUUCGAAAGUAUGGCAUACGGAGAAGGCCUCCAUACCGAGAGAAUGAUGGUCGACUGA